AUGCACAAAAAAGAAAAAAAAGAAUUGCGUCCACCUGCUGUGUCAAUGGGGAAGAGCCAUAGCUCUACAGUACACUUUCAGUCCUUUCAAGGUCCAAAAGUUUUUAUCUUUUCUCUCUUGUGUAGAGAAAGUUCUCUUUAUGGUGACCAAACUCUCUUCUUUCUUCACUUAUUUUCCUCUCGUCCGCCUGGAUAUUACGCCUUUCUUUUACGGCUGCUAGAAUGUGGAAAUUUACUUAAACAUGUGGUAAAAUACUUUUUGAAAACGCACGUGUUCGCUCCUUCGUCUUCUUCUCAAACGGCUUUGGCUCCAAACUCCACUUACGGACUUCUUUUCAAACUUUCUUUUCUGAGGCUUCUUCGAGAGGACUUCUCAAAAAAUUUCUCUGAAGGGAAAAAUUGCCCACAACAAUUUCUUACCCAUGCAUCCUUCACUUAUGGGCAAACGCUGCCUGCCUUUUCAGCAGGGAGAGAAAGAAAAACUCCUGUCUCUCAGCGGUCUCGUUUUCAACUGCUGCUAAGGUCUAGUCCCAGUUCUCCCUUCCCCUUCAAAGGGGGGGGGGCGGUUCACCUUUUACCGGCCAAUCAGUCCAUUAAAAAAAAAUAUCAGCAGGUUCUUAGGGCCAGUAACACAAUGAGUGUCUUUUGUUCUCCCUUUACCGUAAAAAUUUUCAAAAAAUUCAUCAUGAUCAUUAAUAUUAUUUUCUGA